AUGGCGACUCAUAAACAGCAUUUUGUUCCGUUGGACAGGAUAGAUCCCGUCUCGGGCUUCAACAGGGGGCACAACCCCAAGCGCCGCCUCAGUUUCAUCUAUGGCUUUACUACAGCAGCGCUAGUCUGGAGCGUUACACCUAUCUGCUAUGCCAUUCUUGCAUACCGCUUCUACUCGACCGGCCAUCCCAUCGACAUCCCCCAUGGCUAUGGAUUCUGGGCGAGAUUCUGUUACAUCUAUGCGCUCAUUGAAAUGCCAUUCAGCAUCUACUUGUGGUUCCUCACCAAGAAGGCGGCUGCGCGCCCUCCUCCGCUCAACGUAGAUAUGGACACUCUCCAAAUCCUUCUCACAAAGUCUCUCACUGCUGGACUCGGCCCUGCUCCCGAAUCCAAGCUCACCAAACGCAUCAACGGCGUAGGUAAUGACAAGCCCAAGCAGCAGCAGCCAAUGGGUUUGUGUGCUUUCAAGGACAAGCAUGUGGACCCAGACGACGCCUCUGCUCGCCGCGAAAGGCUGAGAAGCUGGUUCUUCUUUGCUCCCAUCGAAGACAUCUACGAGGACAACAUGAGGGAGUGGCUGGCAUGGGCCUUUUCCGCUCGCUCGCUGAAGGACGCUCUGGCUGACCCUCAAUACGCGCACCUGAUCAACGACGGGCUGGAGAUGGUCAAGCUCCGCCUGGGUUGGACCGAUAUGAAGAAGGGCUUGAACCCAAAGGUGAAAGCGAUUCGACUUACAUUGGACCCCGUGAGGACGAUGCAUAGACCUUUCGGGUACUACGUUGUCACCAACGGUGUGUCCUUCGGCACCAUCGCAUGGCUUAUGCUAACAAAGGGGUUCAGGCUCGAAAACUCUGGCAAGUGUAGUUUCCUCGUCAAGCCUGCACAGCCCAAUAAGCCGAGUAAGAUUAAAGGGGAGAAGGAGAGUCUGCCCAUUGUCUUCCUUCACGGUCUUGGGAUCGGCUUGGGGCAGUACAUAGCUAUGCUCCGCAAGCUAGCCAAGCACCAAGACGGAGUGGUGAUCUUGCUACAGCCCCACAUUAGCACCAACAUCUUCUCCCGGUAUUUUCUCGAGCCCCCAUCGAAGGACGAACAGGCUUCCUCACUCAUCUCAAUUUCGAAGCGGCACAACUUCUCGCGCUGUGCAACGCUAAGCCAUAGCAACGGCACAAUGGUUCUCGGCUGGCUCCUUCGCACAGCGCCCGAGCUUUUUGUACGAAACAUCCUGGUCGACCCCGUAUCGUUCUGCUUGUGGGAAGGCAGUGUUUGUUACAGCUUCAUUCACCGCCGCUGGGCAACCGGCAUCGAAGUCCUGCUCGGGUACUUUGUCAGCCGAGAGCUGGGGGUUGCCCAUACAAUCGCCCGCCGCUUCCUUUGGUUCGAUAUGAUCCUCUGGGCUGACGAGUUGCCAAGCCACAGACCGGAGGAUUUGCUGUUUGUAUUCGGGGAACGGGACGUGCUGGUCGAUGUACCCGCCAGUGUGGCUUAUUUGAGGGAUGCAGGGGUGGGAGAUGAUUGUAUCCGUGUGAUGAAGGGGUAUAAUCAUGGACAGGCGCUCAUUGUGGAUAAUGCCGGGAUGAAGUUGGCGCUCGAGCGGGUGGUUUUGAGGACCACGUAG